AUCUGGAAGAAGACGUGUUCUUGGUCUGACAUAAAAUCUGACACUUUCCAUCAUCUGCUUUAGAUGUCUAUGAUCUCACAGGAGACAUGUAAGCUUUCUUCCUAUUCUCACUUAGAAGGUCUUACGAAGAAGAAAUGCACGAAAUGUGGAAAAAAUCGCAUGUAUUUUUGCUACGACUGUAGAGUGACCUUGCCGGGAGUGUUUUCACCACAAGUAAAGUUACCCUGCAGUGUAGAUAUUAUCAAGCAUCCAUCAGAGAAAAAUAGCAAAAGUAGCGCUAUUCACUGCAAAAUUGUUGCUCCAGAACAGACUAGGAUUUUUGAUGUACCAGAUGUAUUCGAUUAUAUUAGCGAAGAGCCGAGCAACGGUGAAGGCAGCAAUGUGCUUGUUUUUCCAUCCCCCUCAGCAGUAUCCAUUGAAGAAUAUGUCCGCACUAAGGGACCCAUCAAGCGGUUCAUUGUUCUGGAUUGUACUUGGUUCCAAGUUAAUAUGAUGCAAAAGAUCCCGCAAAUACAAGGACUUCCAUGUGUCUCACUGACCAAAUAUAGAACAGCUUUUUGGCGGCCUCAGCAUAAUGUCGACGAAAGCGGUUUAGCCACUAUCGAAGCGAUUUACUACGCUUUGAGAGAGUACCAAGAACAUGGGCUUGGAAGGCCGUAUCUAGGUGAAUUCGACGAUCUACUUUACUGGUUCUUUCUCUCGCGGCGGUAUGUGGACAAGAAGCAAGAAGAUUACCGUAAGAGAAAGCGAAUUCAUGAGGAUGAAGAAAGUGCUAAAACGAAUCAAGUUGACUGCAUAUAA